AUGUAUGUGUAUUUCGGCGCCGAUGGAGGCGGCGGUGGUGGAUGGAACAACGGCAACGGUGGUGGAUGGAACAAUGGUAACGGUGGUGGAUGGAACAACGGCAACGGUGGUGGAUGGAACAAUGGUAACGGUGGUGGAUGGAACAACGGAAACGGAGUCGGUGGAUGGAACAAUUGGAACGGCGGCAACGCCGAACGUGGUCGUGGAGGUCGCUGUCGUGACGGCGGCAACGGCGGCACCGCCGAACGUGGCGGCGCACAGAGGGGCCUGUGA